ACAUCAAGGCCAGCACGUGGUUAUCGUCAUCCAAUUGAACGACUCCGUUCUUUUGUGGAAGUAGCGCGAUAUUUAAAAUUGAAAACUUUUUAGGAAGGGCUGGGGGAAAGGAGUAGGUUGGUGAAUGGCUGCGACAGAGGGACAGGGUGACCGUGAGGCCAUGUCUAUGCAAAGUAUAGAAAAGCGAUUUUCUGGAUGGAAAUGCUCUAAAACUGCCCUCAGCGAUCAGAAAGUGGCAGAUCUACUGAAAGAAUUCACAGAGCUGAAUAGGAAGGAGCAGGAAAAUGGCCUGGACAACGUUCGUCAAAAAAACAAUCCCAAAGAAAAAUGUUCUGUGUACCCCUCUCCUGGGAAUAUUCUGCACACUGGUCGGCAGCUUCCAAGAACUCCAGGUCCAGGGAUUUUGCCUCUCUUGCCUUCCCAGAUAUUUGAGGCAAAGGAUCCAGUAGGAGAAGUAUUUGAAGACCUGUACCAGUCAAUAAACAAAAACGGUAUAAAAGGUGCAGACAAUACGGUCCCUUGUGGCAGGCAACUUCAGCGCACUCCUGUACUAUCAGGCAAACUAGCGUUGAUACAACAAACUAGUAUCCUGAGUGAAGAACAGCUACAGGGGGGGAUCCAAACUGGUACAUUGCCAGGGGACUCUAACACAGAGGGUCAACUGAAGGAUUUGCUGAACAUCAAGGGGUCUGAAAAGGAUCCUAUUAAUAAAGCGAAUAGUUGUCUCCUAGAAACACAAUGCCCUGAGCCCAUACUGUCUGACACUGCGACAAAUGAGAAGAUUGCGAACUGCAACGCCAAAAUGAAUGCGAGUAAUGUUGAAAGAGGCGACGGACGUGCUGAAGUUAACCGGAGAAUUAGUGAACUUCCUGUUCAGGGAUUAAAUAAAAUACGUGUUUCAGGGGUGCUUAAAAAGAUGCCUGGGUAUGAAUGUCGCAGUGAAGAUUUAGAGUUCCUGGAGCAACUAGCAAACCUGGAAAAAAUAAAAGUGUUAAAGGGUGAACUGAGUGGUCUGCGCAAGGGACUCACUACAGCAAACAGGAAUAUGGAGUUGGAAAUGGCAAAAAAAGAGAAGAUUGAAGAGGACAUUCAUAAAAUGAAGAAAUCAUUUGAAAAUACCGUGCAGCUUGGCAGAGAAUUCCUGUCCAGGACACAAGAAGAUCCCACAGCCGUGAAAGAUUUGGCUGCUGAAGAUAUUCUGAAGAAUUUAAAACUAAUGUCCAUCCAACAAGUGCACCAGAAAGUGAAAGUCCAGCUCUUAGCAGCUCAGAAAGACCUGACCAAGCGAAGAGAAAUGAACAAAAGUUUGAAAACCACUGUUGAAGUAAAAAUCAGUUUGGAGACUGAAUCGUAUGACCGGCAAAUGAAGGAGGCAGAAUCUCGAGUACAAGGAUUGCAAAAAGAAGUUGCUGCUAUUAAAAGCAAGAUUGAAAAAACACAGAUCGAUAUUACAGAAACAGAGGUCAGUAUUCAAGAGAAGAGAGCACAAAUCAGCUGCUUGAAACAGGCUGCUGCUGCAAAGCCAACCAGCAAUGUGAAUGAAGCAGAAAGAGAGCGAAUGAACCGCAGGCUUCAGAGGCUAGUACAUCGGAAAGAGAUCUAUCUGGAAAGGGAGAAGAUCUUACAGAGGUUAAAAGUACAAAUAUAACUG